UUUUAAUAUAUUAUCUGAUAGUUAUUAGCUCUUUUUCUAAUGAAGAUGGCCUAAGGUACAACAUUUUUUACCCAUUCAUAAACAGCAGGAUCGUUUCCAGAUGGAGUCAAAGCUUUUACAUACUUCCAUUUUUCAACCACCUCCUUCUGUUUUAAAGUCUUGGAAAAAUCUGAUGCACGGCAAGAACCAGCUCUGCCAAAUUGUACUCUUAGAUCCUCCCAUGUAGAGGACAUCAUCUUAACCUUAGUGUCUUUAGGAUGUAAGAAAUCACACAGACCCAAAGAAAGAAGUCAUAAACUGCACACAUUCAGGCCAGUGUCUGAUCCUAGCCUCCUGGAACUGUGAGGUGGUGGUACUAAACAUAGUUCCACCCAGUGGUCAGCAUUUUUAAUCAUAAAGAGGAUUCCUUGGUAGUAUGAAUACUCUUGCUGGCACGAUGCGGGCAGCUUUAUUUGACACAUUGCUUCAGCUAAUGUUGGUGUACAGUUCUGUUGGGAAAUUGAGUGCUGCUACUUGUAGUGGGGUAGCCAAGAACAUCACCCUGGCUAUUGUCCUGCCACGCUACAACACUGCCUAUCCAUGGGCUUGGCCGCGAGUUGGACCUGCUAUUGAUCUUGCCAUCAAAAGGAUAAACCAGGACCUAAACCUACUGCCAGGGUACAGUUUGUGCUAUGUGUUUGAAAGUAGUGAAGAUGACUCGGGCUACUGCUCCGAUUCUAUAGCUCCUUUGGUGGCCAUUGAUCUAAAGUUUACCCACAAUCCUUCUGCGUUCAUUGGACCAGGCUGUCACUACACAUGUGCCCCCGUUGGACGGUUCACAUCUCACUGGAAGGUUCCCAUGAUUACAGCUGGUGCCUCAGCCUAUGGCUUUCAAGAACAGAAAACCACAUACUCCUUCCUGACGAGGACCGGCCCAACUGAGAAGAAACUGGGAGAAUUUGCUGUUCAUGUACACAGAUUCUUUAGCUGGACUAAACAAGCACUAAUGAUUUAUGAUGAUAAGAAAAGUGAUGACAGACACUGCUACUUUACCACAGAGGGGCUUUUCUAUGAGCUUCAAAAGGACAACAUCACUCUUAUACACUCACCGUUCCAGGAGAAUGCUGAGGAUCUGGAUUACCAGCAGCUUGUCCAGGGGAUAAGGAUGACAGGCAGAAUUGUAUACGUCUGCUGCUCACAGGACACUUUUCGGAAGCUGAUGAUCCUUGUGCUGAAAACAGGCUUAUCUCUAGGGGACUAUGUGUUCUUCUACCUUGACGUAUUCGGAUCUAGCCUGCAAUCCGAUCAGCGCAAGCCCUGGUUUCGAGGAGAUGCCGACGACGCUCUUGCCAAGGAAGCCUACAAGGCAGUAAUGAUCAUCACCUAUAAGGAGCCUGAUAAUCCUGAAUAUGAAAUGUUUGUGGAGGAAGUGAAGACAAGAGCCCUGAAAACAUACAACUUCUCAAUAAACAAUUCACUGAUGAACUUAAUUUCUGGAGGCUUCUAUGAUGGUGUAAUGCUCUACAGCCUUGCUGUGAAUGAAACCCUGAUCAAUGGUGAAGUCAAUCCUGACGGAAGAAUAGUCACAAAGCAGAUGUGGAACCGUACGUUCAAUGGAGUGACAGGGUUGCUCAAGAUUGAUGAAAAUGGAGAAAGAGAAAUGGAUUUCUCUCUCUGGGAUAUGGCAAACGUCACUAGAGGAAUAUUUCAGGUUGUGUCCAACUACAAUGGUACUCUAAAACGCAUCAUCCCUGUCCCAGGUGUUGAAAUUCACUGGCCGGGAAAUGGCGUCCCUAAAGACAUUCCUCCAUGUGGAUUUGAAAAUGAAAACCCUGCUUGCAGACAAGAUACCCUUCCCACACUGGAAAUCAUGUCCAUUGUGGUCAGCCUUAUUCUGUGUUGCAUGGUUGUCAUAGCUUUCUUCAUAUACAGAAAGCUGAAACUGGAGAAGGAACUGGCUGCAGAGCUUUGGAGAAUUCACUGGGAAGACAUUCAGAAUAGCAUCCUGGACAAGAACCUCCGAAGCACUGGCAGCAAGCUGACCCUAUCACUGAGGGGGUCCAACUAUGGCUCACUUCUCACCACUGAGGGAAACUUUCAGAUUUAUGCCAAGACUGGAUACUACAAGGGCAAUGUUGUUGCCAUUAAAUACAUCAACCGGAAAAGGAUAGAGCUGACAAGGAAGGUCCUCUUUGAGCUGAAACAUAUGCGUGAUGUCCAGAAUGAACAUCUUACCAGAUUCAUUGGUUCGUGCAUUGACCCACCGAAUAUGUGCAUUAUUACAGAAUACUGCCCCAGGGGCAGUCUCCAGGAUAUUAUGGAAAAUGAGAGCAUAAACUUGGACUGGAUGUUCAGAUACUCCUUGAUUAAUGACGUAGUGAAGGGCAUGGUCUUUCUUCACAACAGCGUGAUUGUUUCACAUGGGAACCUGAAAUCUUCUAACUGUGUAGUAGACAGCCGAUUUGUUUUGAAGAUCACAGACUAUGGCCUGGCCAGUCUCCGCACUGCCUCUGACUGUGAAGACACCCAUUCAUUCUAUGCAAAGAAACUUUGGACGGCACCAGAGUUAUUACGGAUGGAGAACCCACCACCACAGGGAACACAGAAAGGAGAUAUUUACAGUUUUGGAAUCAUUGUUCACGAAAUUGCUUUCAGAAAUGGACCUUUCUAUAUAGAGGGACCACCACUUAGCCCGAAAGAGAUAAUAGACAAGGUGAUUCUAGGAGAGCGACCACACUUCCGCCCUUUUGUGAGUUCCCUCUGCCACACGGAGGAGCUUGGGCAGCUAAUGCAGAGGUGCUGGGCAGAAGAUACUUUUGAACGACCUGAAUUCAGUCAAAUUAAGAUUCUUUUACGUAAAUUUAACAGGGACAUCAGUACAAACAUACUUGAUAAUCUACUUUCUAGAAUGGAACAGUAUGCUACCAAUCUGGAAGAACUGGUAGAAGACCGAACUCAGGCUUACCUAGAAGAGAAGCGCAAAGCUGAAGCUCUUCUGUACCAGAUACUGCCACAUUCAGUGGCAGAACAGCUGAAGAGAGGAGAGACUGUGCAGGCUGAAGCCUUUGAUACAGUCACAAUUUAUUUCAGUGACAUUGUUGGCUUCACAGCGCUGUCAGCAGAGAGCACCCCAAUGCAGGUCGUCACUCUGUUAAAUGACCUCUACACAUGCUUCGAUGCCAUCAUAGACAACUUUGAUGUUUACAAGGUGGAGACCAUUGGUGAUGCCUACAUGGUAGUCUCAGGAUUACCUGUUCGCAACGGGAAGCUCCAUGGGCGAGAGAUUGCACGCAUGUCAUUGGCCCUUCUUGAAGCUGUGCGGUCCUUCAAGAUUAGACAUCGUCCAGAUCAGCAGCUCAAACUAAGGAUUGGAAUUCAUAGUGGUCCAGUUUGUGCAGGAGUAGUUGGUCUGAAGAUGCCACGAUAUUGUCUGUUUGGAGACACAGUAAACACUGCCUCUCGCAUGGAAUCCAAUGGAGAAGCUCUGAAAAUCCAUGUGUCAGCAGCUACCCGAGCCGUCCUGGAGGAAUUUGGUUGUUUUGAUCUGGAACUGAGAGGCGAUAUCGAGCUGAAAGGCAAAGGAAAGAUGAGGACAUACUGGCUACUAGGAGAGAGAAGCUGCAGCACGUGAGACUGGGAGUGCGCUGAAAUACCCAGAAAGAAAGAAAGAAAGAAAGAAAGAAAGAAAGAAAGAAAGAAAGAAAGAAAGAAAGAAAGAAAGAAAGAAAGAAAGAAAGAAAGAAAGAAAGAAAGAAAGAAAGAAAGAAGGUCCUUUGUUUCAAGGGUAAUCACAAUCUAAGACUGACAAAGUCUUAGGUUAAAACCAGCACAAGGAAUUCAACUCCCUCUUUGCUCCCCAGAUCCUGUUAUCUCAGUGGAGUGUGUGACUUUGUGUGUGUGAACAUGUCAGUUUUAAUGUAGCAAACAGCACCUCCUAAUGGCCAAAGUGUGCUACCUGUCUUUCAUGAACAGACUCAUGACUUUCACCAUGGAAGAUAGUCUCACUGUGAAGGGAUAUUCGAGACUCAAUAAAUGAAAAUGCAUCCUCAUCAGCAUCUCUGGCCUAACUUUCAAAAUUUGCAAAGUGGAUCUAUAUAUACUCAGUGUGUAUGUGUUUAUAUUUUUCUUUUAUAUAUAUACUAUAUAUAGAAUUUUAACAGUUACAGAUACUCUAGGAUGUAUAGCCAUUUUUCAGCCAUUCAGACAAAACAGAAGCAGUCUACUCUGAAUUCCAUUCAUGUGUUCUCAGACAAUGAGAAGAAAACUGUGAAGAUUUUACUGAAAGCACCACACUCAAAAAAAGCAUAUAAAGGCCAAAAGGUAAAACAAUGCUAAUGAUUAUUUGGAUGAUUGUGCAUAAGUGAGCUGGUCUCUGUUCUGUUUCCAGAGCUGUCUUCGAAUGGACUCCUGCACCAAGACUGAAAUAUUUCUCUUUCUUUUCUCCUCUCUCACUCAGUUUAUAUUGAUAAAACCAUUUGAUCUUCUAACAGAACAGACAAACGGCUCCUCACAUUCGUCAAUUUUUAUGGGAUAAGCUUUUCAGUUGAAACAGUGAGAUUGUUUUCUUUUCAAAUGCCACAAGACAAUAUCAGAUUGAAAGAUAUUGUGCUAGAUGAAUGUUUCAGAUGGGACAGGAGCAAAGAUAAUAUCAUUAUUCUAUUAAACAAAACAGUCCUAAAAUUCCAGUGCCACCAAGAUCACUAGACUCUUGGCACUACUAAGUCCAUUGGAUGGAAGAGGAUUUAUAUUAUCCACAACAGUAGGAGGAUAUGAGCAAAAUUGAAGAAAUGGUGCACAAUCAGAUUCAUGAGUGUUUCAGAAAAAUUGUGGGACCCCUUUCAUUUUCAGAAUCCUCCCUGCCUGGCCACUUGUGUAUUCCAAGUAUUCGGAGGCCAGCGAUAUGUGAAGGUCUCACUGAUAAUCCAUGGCUGGCUCACACCACCGUGUAAACCACAAUGGACCUGGUGGCAUCAUAUAUACAUUUUUCAAUCUUGGAAUGUUCUCCGAGUGUCAUAAUAAUAAUGGAAUUUUUUUCUGUUAUACAAAUGUUCUAUUAAUGACUGUUGAAAAGCAAAAUGGAGGCUUAAAGAUUUACAUAGUACCCCCCCCCCCAAAAUGAUCUGUAUUUAUUACUAUAACUAUCCUAUAGAAUAUACUUCUAUUUUUUCAAUGUUCUUGUUGAAUUAUGACUAUGCCCUCUGUGUUAAAUGAGAGGGUUGCAGAAAAAGGAAACAUAUUUUUAGUUUUGCUAGCUGAGGGCUUCUUGUUCACUGUGUUGUAGGAUUGUUACAGUCCUUUUUUAACUCCUGUAACCUGAAUAAUUAACAUUGUGUGCAGCACUUUCACCUUAUGAUUUCUUUGCACUGGGGGAGCCGAUGAUUGCCGUAUUCAAUCUGGCUGGGAUAGCGUAACAAACAUGCAAUAACAAAAGGCAAACAGAAAAUAGGGCUAUUCAAUUCAUUUUUGACAACAAAUUGGUUACAUUUAGUGUGAAACAGUUUGUGUUCAUUUUCAAAAUGAUUUUUAAUGACAAAUUAACCUGAAGAUUGGUGAAGAGCAUUUUUUAGUUUAUUUCCCUUAUAGACUUAAAUCCACAAAAGUCACUUUUGUUUUAAAAACAAUAGACAUGUGCCAAACGUCAGGUGUCUUCUUUUCAGCGCUCUGUAGAUUGUUUGCCAUUUAUAAUAAAGAACCCCAGUGAAUGAAGUCUUUACCGUCUCUAGAGAAAUAACGCAGGGUGACAACGCACAGGACUGUAUGUCAGUAUGGCAGAGCAAAGUAGUGGGAAAACCGCCCACACUCUCAGGAAAGAAAGGCUCCAUUGAGCUCUGGCCGCCAGCGCAGAUCUGCUGCCCACAUGAAGCAGAGACUGGCUGCAUCUGCAGUCCAAGCGUGUACAGUCCUGUGGAGCUCACUGACCAGCGUCGUCCUCUGCCUUCGUGUCUGCAGUGUAGUAGCAACACCUCUUUUAAUGUAUGUAGAGUGCUUUCUUUUUUGCUACUGCUCCAGAAAUGUUCUAUAAGAAUAAUUCUUUUAAAAAAGUAAGAAAAAGAAAUAUAAAUAAACAAAUAUUGUACCAAUGCAA